ACAUCACAACAGUCAAAAUCCAAACUCACAACUUCCAACAACACCAGAGACACAGUGCAAAGCCCAUUUGAUCCGGAAGCCAUUAAACACAGCAAAGAUUAAAGAACACCCACCUUUUCUGCUCUUAAAUCCAAAACCCAAAACAGAAAGAGCAACCAUUUUCUCAAAAACCCCAGGAGGGUCAUGAUCGUAUGCUGCUGGGUGCAUCGUAAUCGACGCCAUGAUCAACACCGCCAACGGUAUGAUGUCGUCAACGGCUUCUUCGUCGGCGGCCAACAACAACGCCCAGUCGCCGGGGCUAAAGACCUAUUUCAAGACCCCUGAGGGAAGGUACAAGCUUCAAUACGAGAAGGCUCACCCUUCCGGCCUUCUUCACUACCCUCACGGCAAAACUGUCACUCAGGUAACGUUAGCGCAUCUUAAGGACAAGCCUGCCCCAACAACCCCGACUGCACCAUCUUCAAGCUUUAGUACUAGCAGUGGUGUACGGUCAGCUGCAGCAAGGUUGUUGGGUGCUAGUAAUGGGAGCAGGCUUAGCUUUGUUGGAGGGAAUGGUGUGAGUAAGAGUGUUAGCGCGAGUAGUAGAGUAGGGUCUUUGGUGGCUUCCAGUUCAAGUAAUUCAACUUCUACUUCCAACUUUGAUGGGAAAGGUUCUUACCUGAUCUUCAAUGUGGGAGAUGCAAUCUACAUUAGUGAUUUGAAUACUCAAGACAAGGAUCCAAUAAAGUCUAUACAUUUCAGUAAUUCGAAUCCCGUGUGCCACGCAUUUGAUCAAGACGCCAAGGAUGGUCAUGAUUUGGUUAUUGGAUUGAACUCUGGCGAUGUCUACUCAGUGUCACUGAGACAACAAUUACAAGAUGUCGGAAAGAAGCUGGUUGGGGCUCAGCAUUAUAACAAAGAUGGUUCUGUUAGUAUUAGCCGUUGUACUAGUGUUGCAUGGGUUCCUGGUGGUGAUGGCUCUUUUGUUGUUGCUCAUGCUGAUGGGAAUCUGUAUGUAUAUGAAAAGAGCAAAGAUGGUGCAGGCGAUACUUCAUUCCCUGUUAUAAAGGAUCAAGCUCAAUUUUCUGUUGCACAUGCACGUUACAGUAAGAGUAACCCAAUUGCCAGAUGGCAUAUAUGCCUAGGUUCAAUCAAUAGUAUUGCUUUUUCAACUGAUGGAGCGUAUUUAGCAACUGUUGGAAGAGACGGUUAUCUACGUGUUUUUGACUACUCAAAAGAGCAGCUUAUAUGUGGGGGGAAAAGUUACUAUGGUGCUCAGCUAUGUUGUGCUUGGAGCAUGGAUGGAAAAUACAUACUGGCAGGAGGUGAAGAUGAUCUGGUUCAAGUUUGGAGUAUGGAAGAUCGGAAAGUUGUAGCAUGGGGAGAGGGGCACAAUUCUUGGGUCAGUGGCGUGGCGUUUGAUCCAUAUUGGUCAUCACCAAAUUCAGAAGGUAUCGGGGAAACUGUCAUGUACCGGUUUGGUUCAGUUGGUCAGGACACACAAUUACUUCUGUGGGACCUGGAAAUGGAUGAGAUUGUGGUGCCAUUGCGCCGAUGCCCUCCAGGUGGUUCCCCCACAUAUAGUACUGGAAGCCAAUCAUCUCAUUGGGACAAUGCACUACCAGUGGGUACGUUGCAGCCUGCUCCAAGCAUGCGAGAUGUUCUAAAGAUCUCACCUCUUGUUGCUCAUCGUGUGCACACUGAACCUCUCUCUGGCGUUUUGUUUACUCAAGAAUCAGUUCUUACUGUCUGCCGUGAAGGGAAUAUUAAAAUUUGGAUGAGACCUGGGGUUUCAGAAAGCCAAUCAAGCAACGGGGAAACUGUGUUAAGUCCCAGCUUGAAGGAGAAGCCUUUGCUGUCAAGCAAGGUUGCCAGUACCAAUCUUAAGCAAUGAUCUGUCAUCAGAGAGUAAGCAAAACAAGCUUCUUUCCAUAGAGUACAUUUUGAUUUUCUCGUGUAGCCAUUUUUCUACUCUUACCAGUUGGUUUUUCCCGAAUAGCACUUUGUGAGCGUAAUCUGACUGGCAUUCCCAAUUGCCAUGCGACCAACUGAUUCUAUUGUAUAGAAAAUCGCCAUUGAAGGCAGUAAGAGAAACAACCCCGUUUGUAAUUACAGCACGGCUGUUUCUGAAACAUAUUUAUUGAAUGACGAGAAUAAUAUGUUGUUCCUCCCUUGAGAUCUGUUUCUCUCAGCAUUUCCCAACUGGUUCUAUUAUAAAAGCUGUUCAUAUC